AUGGCCGCCCCUGGUCCUGGAGGUGGACAAGGUCUCUUCUCCAAGUACAUCGACGACAACAUCCUCACCCCUCUUCUCGCCAGCCUGCAGGUCAUCGGCGACGACGAGAGGUUCCGUGGCGCCGAGAGCAGCGCCAGCGCCAGCAUGUUCCUCCAUGAGCUCGACAGCAUCCGUGACCUGAUGAACGGCCUCCAAGCUCUGCUUGUCAAGACGGAGGAGAACGAGAGGUUGCUCGUCCACCUCUUCGACCCCAUUGAGGAGCUCGUCGACUCCGUCCUCAAGUCCCUUGCCGCCGGUGGCAAGGUCGCCACGCUCCACCCGAAGCUCGCUGCCAUCAGGGCACAGAUCGGCAUCAUCAGGGAGGCCAUCUUAGGUUGCUACAAGAUACAAGCAACUAAACAUGGAGGACACGGCAGGGAGUAUUUGGGUUCUGCGCCAACGACGGUGGGGCUAAGGCGAACGGUUUGCGACGACGAGCAGAUGGCGCACCUGCGGCGAGCCGUGCUCGGCAUGGACACGCAGCUGAGGCGUUGCCUCCUCUGCCUUACCGCCUUCCCCGAGGGCGCCGUCGUGAAGAAGCGGCUCCUCAUCCACUGGUGGGUCGGCGAGGAGUUCGUGACAUCCUUCGACGCCGGCAAGAAGCACUUCCAGCAGCUUGUCGACCUGCGGUUCGUCCGCGCCGUCCGCCGUGGGCACUGCGACACCGCCCACGCGUGCACCUUGCACCCGUGGAUCCGCAAGAUGCUCGUGGCCGUGGCUAGGAGCAGCGCAUUCUUGGAGGUCGAUCCGGACGGGAAUGGCUGCUCGAGCAACGAUUUCACCCGGACGCGCCGCGCGUGCCUGCACAACGGCGAGCUGCUUCCCGCCUCCAGGUUUCACCCGGAGGUGUCCACGGUCUACAACGUUGGCCAGAACUACGUCAAGCUAAGCACCACGUGGUUCAGCAACAAGCCGCAACUCAGCACGGUGCAGCUCGGGCAGUGGAGGACGCCCGACCCAGUCAAGCAGAUCGCCGAUCCAAGGAAGAGCCACGUCGAGCUGAUCGCCGACGAGCACCUCAAGGGGAUCGGUGCGUGCAGGAACCUGAGGUACCUCAGCUUGAGAGGCAUGUCGAGAAUCAUGGCCAUCCCGGCUGCCAUUGGCGAGCUGGCUGAGCUGGUCGUGUUGGAUCUCAGGGCGUGCCACGACCUGCAGGUGCUGGCCAAGGAGAUCACUAAGCUGCAGAAGCUCCAGUAUCUGGAUGUCUCCGAAUGCUACCUGCUCGUCGAUAUGCCCGAGGGGUUCGGCAAGAUGUCUCAGCUCCGAGUCCUCAAGGGAUUUGUGGUCGCGAACUCCAGCAGAAAAAGGAACUCCUGCAAUCUGAGCGAGCUGGCCAGCCUGAGCAACCUGUGCAAGCUUAGCAUCAGCGUUGGCAAGAAACUGAAGCGUGCAGAAGACGAUCUGAGAGUGCUCGCCAAUUUCGACAGCCUUACAUCACUGAAGAUUACAUGGGGGAUGAUGUCUUCACGAGAUGGCGCCGACGAAUCAAACGCUGCAAAAGUUAAACUUGUUCUUCCCUCUAGUCUUUCGAAGCUGGAUCUCUACUGCUUCCCCUCGGGAGAAUUUGAGAUGACUAGCUCUGACAGAUCGACUGUCCUACCGAGGUUAAAGAAGCUGUAUUUCACUGGUGAGAAGCUGCAGAGUCUGAGGAUUCAAAAAGGAAAGUGCAAAGUGGAGGUGCUGCGCGUGAGAUGCCUCAAGUAUCUGCAGGUUCAAUGGGAGGAGCUGCAUGAACUGUACCCAGAGCUGAAGUUUGUGCAAGCUCAGCACUGCCCAGGAGUAGCUAACUGGCCGCUGGACAACAGUAGAGUGUGGAGGAAAGAAGGUGAAACCAGUAAUGCAGCUUCUGCAGAGUCUGAGCAACCAGGUGCGCCUGAUGUUUCACCUGAAAUUGUGGAAGAGGAAUAAAAACAAAG